AGAGCAGCAUUCACAAGUCAAACUCUGUCUCAUGUCAACGUUUCAUUUCGUCUCCCAGAAGGUCUCCAAAUAUCAGACUUUAUGUAUCAGACCAUCGAGAUAUACAGCUUGGGCUCCUUCCUUGUGGACACACACCUUUGAGGAGCUCUUCUGUGGGGAUAAUGCGCUGGACUAUGGAGAGCCAUGGUCGCUCACCUUCAGCUACAAACAGACAGACAAAUUAUCCAAGAAGGAAAAUAGGAGAGGCUGGAAGGUCUUCUCCCACUGCGCUUAUGGAAAUUUUCAGUGUGCAUCCUGCAGGAGGAUCUGGCCUUCGGUGCGUGUGGUGCUUUUGUUCCGUUAUCGGCUGAGAGGCGGUAAGGGGGCGGUGACCAUGCGGCCUUUUGGACAAGCCUGCCGGCGAUGCCAAGACGAUAAUUUUCAUCUCCCCGGUUUUUACAAGGAAGAGGCGAAAGAGGCUCUGCUCAGAUUGUUUUCUGAAAUCCGGAAGAACUGCUAUGGAGAGGAGGAUAAGAAUGAAGAAGGUGACUCAGGCGCUACGAGACGGAGGUCCAAACCCCACGAAAAAACCCUGUGUGAGGCCUGUUGUUUUGGCUUGUGCUGUCAGGAUGAUCAAAAUGAUAAGUAGUGUGUGUGUGUGUGUGUGCGUGCGUGUGUGUGUGUGUGUGUGUGUGUGUGCGCGCAACAGCGAGGUGUAAAGAGAGUGGCAGUCUGGUUGUUUGCUGUUUUCUUGAGAUCUUUCUUUUCUAGUUUACACACAAAAGUUUCCUUAAUGAGCUGGUUUAUUCAUAAUUAUCUAAGUUAUUGAUAAUAAUAAGGAAUAUGAAAACCUUCAUUAGCAAUAA